AUGCCUCGCCACAUCCUCGUCCUCGGCGGAACUAGCCCAGCAGGAAUCGACUUCUCCCUCGCCGCCCUCCGCGACGGCCACACGCUGACCCUCUACGUCCGCAACCCCUCCAAACUUCCCCCCGAAAUAGCAAAUAAUGCUACACUGCACAAAGGCGAGCUCACCGACGCGGCUGCAAUAGAGAAAGCCGUGGCCUAUCAACACUAUGACGCCGCAAUUCGUGGCGCUGCCGAGGGAGAUGAACUGGACGGUGUUUCGGGUGCCGCUGUUGGGGAGGGGCCGGCGAAGGGGGUUAAGGCGGGAAUGGUCGGCGAGGUUGGGGCGAAGUUGGAGAGGAAGGGGUUGGCGGAGUGGGUGCUGAAGGAGAUGGAAGUGGGGAAGUGGGCUGGGAAGGUUCCGGCGGUUUCUAAUGCGUGA